ACAUAUGCACACCAACAGACACGCUUUCUUCUUGAGGGGUCGUGUAUAGUGACAAUGACAACACACAUACACAGACAUAUACACAACACACACAUACAUGCAAACACAUAUACACAAACACACCCACACAGAACAGGCACAAGCACACGCACACGCACACGCACAUAGAUACACGCACAAAGACACACGCACACAGACACGCCCGCCCAGAGUUGUUGUUGCUAAAGCUCUUUUGCUUGCUGGAGGUUGGGCUCUGCACUCUGCAUCCUGGAGGUUGGACGCUGAGGCUUGGGCUAUGCAUUGCGUUGGACAACGGCGGCCCGAUCACUGAAGGGUAUCCGGAGGGGGUGGCUUUGUGGCAUGCUACAGCGAGCCUUGGUUUGUGGUGAGGGCCAUUGGAGCGCCGUAGUCCACCCAUGAUGAAGAGCACAUCUGUGAAGGUGCUUGUUGGCCGGGACCGUACGCCCUACAUUAUCAGCUCCCAUUUGCUGGAAUUUUCCGCGUAUUUCAGAGCGCUGCUGAGCGAACGAUGGAUGCUAUUGGCUCGCGAGGAAGAUGAUCGGGACUCGGAGGAAAUGCUUACGGUGUCGAUUGAGUGCGAGCCGGAUGUGUUUGAGCACCUGUUGGCAUUGCUGCGGUACCACAGUUUAAGGGCCCUUCCCAAAUUGACAGAUGACGAGAUCUUCCGCCUAAAGAAGGAGGCUGAUUUCUAUGGGAUUGAGGUUGAUGACACUCCAUUCAGUGCUCCGGGGGAUGAGGUGGAUGAUGAGAACGACGAGUCGAAGAUCUCCUCGCCUACGUCGGACCCGACACUUCUAGUCAAAGUCACAGAUAACCCUGGUUGGGACUGCGAGCUAUGUGGAAACAACGUGUGGGCGGUUAUCUUUUACCUGGGGUAUGCUUUCUGUGUUCAUUGCGGGAAUGAUGCUCCAAAAUACAAGCAGUUCGCACAUAUCAUGGUUGCUGCUCUUCGCAACUCGCCAGUGAUGGAUUCUCAUCACGAUAGGAUGAAUGCUUACCUUAACGGCAGGCCAGUGUUUAUCUCUGACCUUGGGCGCUCCGUCGUGGAGCUCAACGAGUCCAUUGCCACUUAUGAGGAGACGAUGCUGGUGACGGUGACAGUGCCGCGAUGUCAUUGUCGAUGCCUCGCGUCGAAACCGAGCUGGGUUGUCAGCUUGUUUCAUAGGCAUGCGCUGUGUGCUAGCUGUAAGAGAAAGCUCGAUCACCCGCGAAUGCUGCCGCUGAUCUUCCUCGCGGCAGCAAGGAAUGCCAAACACGUUCCGAAACUGCACAUGGAGUGCUAUUUCCGGAGGGGAGAGAAGAAGACAUCCCCUCGGCCAAGUUGAAAGCCAAUUCCAGAGCCGGUUUUCUGCAGGUCUGAGAAAGCUCUUUAUACCGGAGUCGAGGGCGAGAUAGCUGUGUGCCCCUGUGGUUUUGGCGAAACUCGAAUCAGCAACACUGCAGUGGCUUCACUCGUGCUUGGUUGUCGUUGUUAUAUUCCAAGUACGUAUUGCAGCAUGUGCUGGUGGUGAGAGAAAGGGCCUCGCUCCGCAACUCUCCACAUGCAAGAAAGACAAAGAAUACGACUGUGCAUCUUCCCAUAUUCUAGCGGAAGUUUCAUCCUCAUUUUGCACAUUUGGUGGGUAGUCGAGCCAGGCCCAAACUGUCCUCCAUGCCUUGGUCACCCGUGGCAGUGGUGCAAAUUAUGUCUUUUUUGGCUGCUGAGCCGUCCACGUGAUUCAUUCUCAUUUUGCACGUUUGGUGCAACCUAUGUCUUUGGCUGAUGAGUCAGAUUGUCUGAGGCAGAGACCAGUUGCAGGUGACUUACAUCCCGCGUUGGACUCGCAGCACUCUUGAUAUGUUUGCAGGAGUAGUGUGGAGCCAUGCCUGGUGUAUCGGUCAAUUGCAUGGGGCUAUGUGUGCAUCCCUUUCAAGAAGAGAGACGCAAGGAUUGAGUGGAGGGAGGGCCUCACAACCCCUGCGAUACAUAAAGUGAGGAAGUGCAAUGGCAAGAGGUGGCGGUGUGUUUUUAUCUAGAAUGGGGCUCAACGAAUCAGAAUUUGGUGCCAAUCUACGAGUCCCAUGAAUUGGACGAGGAAAGGUUGCCCUUGUGGGAAGCGAUGCCACGGGGUAGAGAGCACCCACAUUUCCAGCGAACUUAGCUCGGAGGUCUCGGUCUUCUAUGGUGAUGAAAAGGGUGAGCUGUGGUGCAAACGGAAUCCCUACACGCUUCCCCGCCGCUCUCGUCCAUGGCAUUUUCCGAGUUGUAUACAGUGAAGCUAAGUCUUAACACACAGAGGACUACUCCAUGCUCAAGUCUUGACUGAUUUGUUCUCUGGGCAAGUCUUCGGUGCCGGCGCAUGGGGGAUGCUGGGCUCAUCCUUCUAGCUGCUGCUUGUCUUACCGGGCCGGGUACAAUGCUUUACACACGCCACCGCAAAUGCAAAUCUGUGCAUGUCGGCGCAGUCUUAUUCUUAUUGUACUCGUUGGGGUAGGAGUAUGCGCGUUUCUCUUUCGCCGAUUCUGCCGCUGGUUGAAACGCCGGGCAUCCAUGUGCAUAUAUAUGUUGCCAAACAGUACAUAUCCAGUAUUAGAGUUAUCGGCUGUGAUCUUUCAGUAGCUAGGUCCGUUAAUUUUUGGGGGGCAUAUGGUAGAGGGACGGAGUCCAUGGUCAACGACAGUUUUCAUACAUUGGUUAUGGUCUGAAGAAAAGGCAGGUGGCAGGCAUCUCGGUGUGGUUAAUUUGGAAGAAGGCGGAGAGUGGAGGGGUGUACCAUGAUGUGGCAUGUAUGGAGUCAUCGGUUAUCUCCAGGUACCAUUCAGUUCUUUGGAGUAGGCCCUGAUGACGGAGGUGCAAAUGGCUGUACGAGAUGAUGGAUGGAGUCGUCGGUUAUGUCCAGGUACUGUUCAGUUGUUUGGAGUCGGCACUGAUGACGGAGGAGCACAUGGCUGUACGAGAUAGCCCUGUGUCUGUUGCCUCCAGUGUCUUGAGGUGGGAAGGACAAGGAAGGGUUGUCGUCUUUUCACUCAUUUGCUUCCCCAGUGGAGUUCGGACUUGGAUCUGUAUUCCAACAGUUAAGCGGUGUACCAACUGAGCUAGGCCAGGGGGUUCAAGUCUGACUGAUAUGUCGAGCUCCCAGAGUGCCAUCGAGGAGUCUGACGUCAGAUGUGCACGAAGAAGGCCUGUUAACUCUUCUCAUACAAGUCGUGGCUAACGAUCGAUAAAGUCGUGCUCGGUAGGUGUGAGUGAUUCGCAGGGAGCACUAUGCUUUGCUGCUGUAUGCAUGGCUUGGAAGAUCCGUUUGAUUAACUUCUGCGGAUGGGGAAAGUGCUGGACGUUUGUAAAUAUAUUGGUCUGUGGGCUGGUGAUAUAAGUGGUUUCUUUUUUUUUUUUUUGAUAACAUUUACCAGGCGAGUAUAUUUCUCUUUAGUGAGUCCAUGUGGGAUGGCAAUUAAGCCUCUCCCACAAUAUGAUCAGGCAUCUUCAUGGUACAUGCGGAAAGCGGAAUGAGAAUGCAGAACAUGAGUAGAGGCGGAUAGGCCUUUGCGGUCGCUUCUGCAUGGAUGCCUCUGUUUCUGGCAUGCGUGCUCGUUGGCACUUACGUUACACAGUGUUGUAAAAGAGACUGUUUCUGGCAUGCGUGCUCGUUGGCACUUACGUUACACAGUGUUGUAAAAGAGAGACUUCCCUACAAAGCUUCAGAUAAUGGGGAUGGGGAUGGGGAUGGGUGGGCAAGAUGUCUGAAGGUCAGGGUUUGUAUACAAGCAGGAUCUGUGAUAUGAAAGUUUGGUUUUGAUAUAUGUGCCUCUUGUGUGGGCUGGAGAUCUGAAGCAGAGAUGGGAGAUUCUGCUCUCCUGUCAGUUUUUGGCAUUUUUUUAAGAAAAUGGCUUUAUUCCUUCUUUCCUAUUUAAGGGCCACGGCCUUGAGAUAUCAUCUUUGAACUGACCGGCCCCAGGUAAAUUCAGAGUUGUUUUUCACUCAGCUGAUUCCACUGGAAUUCGAACUCAGGUCCGUAUUUCAACAGUUCAUGGGCGUACCAACUGAGCUAGGCCAGUUGGUGAAAAGGCUCUGUUGACCCAGUCUGAUAGUUGAAAUGAUGCCGAGUAUUAUGGGAUGGGCGGACUUUCAUUGGACGCAUUCAUCUGAGAGGCCCUGACACCGUAAAGGUGCAGCUGCCUCGCAUUGGAGCUGCACAGGAGAACGGAGGAUGAGAAAAGGAGGGAUGGCGAGGAGGGGGGAAGGUUGGAAGAUAGAUAGAUAGAUAGAGAUAGAGAUAGAUAGAUAGAUAGAUAAAUAGAGAGAGAGAGAGAGAGAGAGAGAGAGAGAGAGAGAGAGAGAGAGAGAGAGAGAGAGAGAGGAUAGCUCUGAUAGCAUGUGUAGCGGAUGAAUGGCUUUGCAAAUGGUCUGACAAUGCAGAUUCCGGCUUCUACCCACACUGAUUGGUGUGGAGGAAGCUUUUCAAUCAACUCAUGCUUCUCUCUGUCAAGAUUAUGUAGUCUGCUUUAGAAUUUGAAGUUGCCGGGGCAGUGUGUAAUUAUGGAUGACAUUGGCCCCUUCCUUUUUCAUGGGUCAAGACUGAUGUGCACUUCUCAUCUGAUCUGGCUUCAUUAUUUUGAUGUUAUCAUGGGCCGGUUAUACUGGAGUCUAUCUGGUAAGCAAUCUUCGGUGUGAGAACUGUCUCAUAGAGAGAAACCAACGUUCGGAUAGGAACCUGACGAAAGGUGGUGGAGAUGCUCCCAUCAUGCAUCUCAUCAUUACACCUCCAUGUUGUUAGUUUUCUAACUUAUUCUGUGAAUGCCUUACAGGAGGCAAGGCGCAUGCAGCUCGAUGAGCAUCUUAACACUGGUAAGCUGACAUC